GACUGAAUGUGAAUUUUAAUAUUUUGGGUAUAAAAAUGAAAAUAACCUCAUAAUUUUGGGCUAUUUUGUAAUUAAUCCUUAUAUAGGUUCACUGUAAAUUACUCUUCUCUCACAAGCCCGAUUGCUCAUUCGUUCUCUACCAAAUCUCGAAGGCCGGAGAAUUUUCGACAUCGGAAGCUAAUUAGCGCGUAGGCAGCGCUGCGCCGUCUCUCUCCGACUUCAUCAAACAAUCCCGACAUGGAUUCCGUCUGCCACGUGGUCGCCAUGCCUUAUCCCGGUCGGGGCCACGUCAACCCCAUGAUGAACCUCUGCAAGUUACUAGCUUCACAAAACAGCAACAUACUCAUCACCUUCGUCCUCACUGAAGAGUGGCUCGGCUUCAUCGGUUCGGAACCAAAGCCGGACAACGUUGUCUUCGCCACAAUCCCCAACGUUAUCCCAUCGGAGCUGGUCCGUGCCGCCGACAUGGUUACGUUCUUUGAUGCUAUCAUGAGCAAAAUGGAAGCUCCGUUUGAUCUGCUCAUGGAUCGGCUCGAGCGGCCACCGAGUUUGAUAGUGGCUGACACUUAUCUGCCUUGGGCAGUUCGUGUUGGUAACCGGAGGAGUAUCCCGGCGGCGUCGUUUUGGCCGAUGUCCGCGUCUGUUUUCUCGGUGUUCCAGCAUUUUUAUCUUUUUGAGGAAAAUGGUCAUUUCCCUGUUGACUUUUCGGAGAAGGGCAAUGACCGUGUGGAUUACAUACCUGGAGUUUCUUCUACACUGCUCCUGGACUUGCCUCAUAUAAUGGAUGGAAAACACCCAACUAUACUUUGUCACAAUCUUGAAGCAUUUUCCUGGUUACCUAAAGCACAAUACCUCUUAUUCCCAACCAUCUAUGAGCUUGAAACCCAAGUCAUUGACGUUUUGAGAUCAGAAUUGUCACUACCAGUUUACACAAUUGGCCCAUUAAUACCUUCCUUCAAAGCUAAUGAUCACCCGAGUAAUGUUGCACAUUCACAAUGGUUAGAUUCUCAACCUUGUAGCUCGGUCUUGUACAUCUCCAUGGGAAGCUUUGCUUCAGUUUCUAGCGCCCAAAUGGAUGAGAUUGCAGCUGGUUUGAACAAGAGCAGUAUUCAGUUCUUCUGGGUGGCUCGUGGUGAAGCCGGUAGGUUACAAGAGGUUUGUGGAACCAAGGGGUUAGUAGUGCCCUGGUGUGACCAAUUGAGUGUGUUGAACCAUUCUUGUAUUGGAGGGUUCUUGACACAUUGUGGAUGGAACUCGGUUAAAGAAGGUGUUUCCGCUGGUGUUCCUUUUCUUACGUUGCCGAUAAAGAUAGAUCAAGGUAUGAAUAGUAAGGCGAUUGUGGAGGAUUGGAAGAUUGGAUGGAGGGUGAAGAGUACUGAGGCUAAAAUAGAUCAUUUGGUGACGAGCGAGGAGAUUGCAUGGUUGGUAAAGACAUUUAUGGAUUUGGGGGAUGGGAAAGGGAAAGAAAUGAGGAGAAGAGCAAGAGAGUUUCAGCAGAUUUGUCAUUCUGCAAUUGCUGAGGGUGGAUCAUCUGAAAGUAACAUCAGCGCCUUCAUUGGUGACAUAUUUCAAGGCCAUGAGCAUUGAGCAAACUACUUUGCAGGUGAAUAUGAUGAGUGUUUAAAGCUUGUACUCUAUUGUUAUUUAAGCUUGAGAAAAUCAUAAUGUUGCAGUUAUCUG